CCGUGCGUGGGGUAAACACUGCACCACAAAAGAGCUCGAGUAGUAUCUGCACCACUGCUGCUCAAGGUCAAACGAUCGAAUGGACGAGGGACGUGAGUUACUAAACAGAAGGUAGGCUAGGCCUAGGUAGGCCUAUCUGCAAACAAAGUGAAUGAAUUUGUAUCUAACUUUUCUUGUAAGUACUGAGAAGAAUGCUUGGUCUGGUAUCGACUUCGAUCACAAUCAACUCAACCCGCCAACUUUUCACCGAACCACAGGCCUCGCUCUUGGUGACCGUCUAUGCACUGACUGAAACCUAUAUGCAAGAUGACAAAUGAAGAUCGUAUGCUAUCCUUGUUCAUUCAGGAGACUGGAACUGAACCAGGCUUAGCAAGGGAUCUACUUGAAGGUAAGAGGUGGAACUACAAUGCAGCGUUAGCAGACUCCAAUAAGUUGAAGCAAAUUUUAAAGCCACCAUCACCUCUAAAAUCAAGAGAGAUUCCAACACCGCCCAAGUCAGACUCCAAUGCCAAUCCCAAUGGAACUACAGAGGAUGGAAGGUCAGCUCUCAAUGUUCCCAUUCAGGUCAAGAAUGGGAAUGGAAACAAGUCCCCAAAUACACAAAAGAAAUUAACGAGAGGUUUGUCACAGGCUAAUGUCGUGAUAGUACAAAAAACACGGAAACAGCUGGAAUCUGAGGAGCAGAUUCCAGACACACCAUUUAUCUUGCCGGAUAUCACUGCCUACAAGGAUGAUUUUAGAAAUUUUCUUGAAAAAGACCUGAUUGAAACAACCAGCAUGUAUAAUUUGGAGAAUGCAAAACGUUUGAAUUGGUGGCUAAGUGUACUGCAGGUGCUUUGGCCAAUGGCGACCUCAGGCGAUGGCAACUGUCUGCUACAUGCUGCCUCACUUGGUAUGUGGGGCUUUCAUGAUCGCUUGUUAACAUUGAGGAAGGCUUUGUACAAAGCUCUAACUGACAACCAGGAUUCCAGGUUCAUGAAGAAACUUAAACGCAGAUGGAAAUGGCAACAAAUGCAAACGAAUAAAGAGUCUGGUUUGGUGUUCUCGGAGGAGGAGUGGGAAGAGGAAUGGAGUCAUCUGUUGAAGUUAGCAUCAGCUAAGCCUCGAAACUCCAGCAAGGACUACACCCCACCGCCAUCACGCUCAGUAGGUGGAGGAGGUUUGACAUCAUUAGCUGAGGACGUUGAAGCAUCAAAAUUUGAUGAAGACGAGGAGGAGGAGAUAUACGAAAGUCUAGAAGAAUUCCAUGUGUUUGUUCUUGCGCAUGUUAUAAAGCGACCAAUCAUUGUUGUGGCAGAUACAGUACUCAGGAAUGCAAGUGGAGAAGCAUUUGCACCGAUUCCAUUUGGUGGAAUCUACCUCCCCCUAGAAUCUACAGAGUCUGAGUGUUGUCGAUCACCGUUGGUCCUCACAUAUGAUGCUGCUCAUUUCUCUGCUUUGGUUCCAAUGGAAAUUGAUAGGGAGGCUAAUCAUAGUGAAAGGAGACUUCAGGAAGCAAACUUACCAGUUGCUGUUCCUGUAACAGACUGUGAUCAUCAGUUGUUACCAAUACAUUUUAGUAUUGACCCUGGACCAAACUACCAAUGGAAUAAGGAUGAGAACGCUAACAAUUACCAAUCUAAACGCUUAUCCUUGUCUGAUUCGGAAAAACUUGAUAUUCUACAUCGAUACCUCGAUCUAAUACGAGUACCGAUUCCAGGAGUUGCAGGAAAUCCGAGCUUAAAUGGUGCCAGGGAAGAUACCGAUGGUAAAUUACGAAGAACAACGUCUGACGAGAAUUCAAAUAACAGUGCUGAACAACCAUUGUACGCUAAAGUAAAAAAAAAUAGAGAUAAAGAUAAGAAGGGUUUAGGAAAACGGUUACGACAUUUGAACUUGUUUGAUAUAAAAGCUAAAAAGAAAUCAGGGCAGGAACCGUUGAACAGUGGCCAGCAGGUAGAAGCACGAGUAGAUCAAAUAAUGGUUCCAGAUCUUGAUGAUAAGACAAUUAUUGUAGCAGCAAAGUUGAAUGAUAAGCGUACUGAUAUGCAGCAAUUAAUGAUACGUAAUUAUUUAAAGCGAGCACAAGAACUUUAUUUAGAGGAGCAUACCCGUAAGAUGGAAGAGGAUUUGAUACAGAAACAAGAACGAGAACGUGCGAGAAAUCAAGCACGUGAAAAACGUCCAGUGAAUGGCACUGUUACACCUCCAAUUGAUAGGAGGCAAAAUCGAGGCCCUGUUGUUCCCGCGCAAAAUGCGGUGAUGAAGAGCCAGCAGAAUCCGAUCAUGAGAGGUGGAUAUAACAGAUAUUCAAAGGUAGAUAAAUACCUGGCAGCCUUGAGCACGACCAGUGCUUACAAUGACAGACUACCAAGAACACACAAUCGCCCAAAUUUUGAUCGGCCAAUUCCAGCUCGAAAUCCAGCGCGCUAUCGUUAUGACGGAAGAUCAAACCCACAUCCACCGCCACAUUUUAACAAACACAGUGGUCAAGACGAUCUAAAUCCACGAGUGUUUGAUCAAGUACAGUUCAAAGGUCAGCACGCCGCUCCCACUCAAAGAAACUAUGAUAAGCUAACCAGCAGCACCGAUCGGCUGCGUAGUAAUCCAGGGUACAAAAGUGUUACGUCAGGUACGCUAGGAUACCAGGAGUGCAGGACGCCAGGUUGUGUUUUCUGUGGACAAGAAGAACAAGAUUUUCUUUGUUCACAGUGUUUCAGGAAAAGGAGGAUGAUGGAUAGAUAACACACUUAUAUCGAUUUCCUUUUCGACUUGUUGCUUAAUUUGCGUACAGCUGUCUUAAAUAGGCUCUGAUUCAUUGUAUGGUAAAAAUGUGAAGUGGACUAUCGUGCCUUGAAAAUCUAACACUUUGAUUGCCUGUGCUUAAAAACUCUAUUUAUAAACUACUAUAGUUCUUUAUUUUGAAUUUUCACAAUUGACAUUCUCAACUACCAACCUUCGAACUAUCAACCUUUGAACAGAUUAUCAAUAGUACUGCUGCUUUUGUCUUUCCCCCGCAUACUAUACAAACAAAUAAGAAUUGCACAUUUUCUUUCCAUAAGUGGCAAGUCACUCACUGUUAAAUGAGAAUUAACUAAACUGUUAAGCUUGGUUUCCAUACAAUCGCUACAACAUUCGCCGACAGCUUUUCUAUUAAGAACUGUGAAUAUGCUAUAUAAUAGUUUGGAACUCUAAAUUUGGCUAGUACUGUAUAUGGCAAAUGUGUUGCCUUCCAAAGUCGGUGUCCUGGGUUCAAAUCCCACAGAAUCUGCUAACACUGAGUAAAAACCUUAAGAUGUUAUUCUGAAUAUACUAUCUGUUUGGAAAGAGAUAACAUCAUUGAUGUUUUAUAAUUAUAUGAUAAUAGUUAUCAAUAUAUGAUUGAUUAUUUCAAGAUUACUAUAAUAUUUUUUCACAUUUAAGUAUAGGUAAUGUUGCUUUAUUCUGGUAUUACAAUUUAGUGUAUAAUUAAUGAUGCAUAUUUUUAAUAAUCACUUAAGCUUAGGUUGUAUAUACUUCAUUUGACCUUGAUAAAUGUACACUUGACAUCAAUUACAAUCUAUCAAAAUAAAUCUAUCUUAUUUUUUUAUUUCUAAAAUUGUUCCCAGCUAUAUUGAAUGUUCAUAUAAUUAAACAAGCAAUAAACAAAUGAAUAAAAAUGUAAUUUAUGCAUAUUUUGAUAUUUGUAAUCUAUAUAAUGGAAAAUGAUUUUAAAAAAUAUUGUUAAAAGCCUUUAAUAGAAAUAGUAUCUUAAAUAAUUUUA